AUGCGUCAGGAACAAAUACGGGCUAUGAUGGCUUUGCAGUACCCGGACGACAUCAAUCGAUCCAGAUGGAACGAGAGCCAGCAAAACAAUCACCUCAGUUACAGCCCGGCUUUUUCAGAUUCGCCAGUCAUUUCCAGCACGGCUCCCCAGACUGGAUCUUCGGACAUCGAUUCACUGUUCGAAGACAGUGACGCCGAGGGCGAGAUCUCAAUGCUACAGCGUCGUUUUGGGGAAGCAGCAGACGAAAAUCCAGCAGCCGCUAUAUCGCACCAUGGUCACGACCGGCCUUCCCCUUGCGGACUCAGCCGACAGCUCCAAGGGCAGCAGAUUGUCUCGUCGUCUGAAGUAGAAUACGAACCCGAGGAGCCGGUCUACGGUGAGGGAGGAUACGAAAUACAUCUAGCAACGCAAGAGGAGGCGCCACGCAGGCAAUUACCAGAAAACGGCUUGCAUUCCAACGACAACGAAGCAACCUGCCAAAGCAUCGCGCAACAACGCGAACAAUUUCAAGGACAACGGGAGGAUGCAGACACAAAAUUGACCAGAGCUGCGGCUGCAGAGAUCCCCAAAGGCAAUGUUCAUGCCUUCCAGGCCUGUGUCGCUGCGCUCCUUGCAGCAAGCAUGGGCAUCAGAUCGUGGAACCCAUCAGGCACUGCGGAUGUGGUACAAGCGGUCAGAGGUGUCAGUGUCAACCUGAUCAAUGUGCGUGCACCGGUUACGAUGAGCAUACGGGCCGUGCAAAUGACGGGGAUCUCGCCGGGCCCGAAGUAUACCAGGAACAAGCCGUCGGAUAUCAAUCACAGACUCAACCAUUGCCGCAGAUCGAACCCUACAUCGGAGGCCAGCAAUCGACAACAGCUACAAAUGCCACGCAUGCCUGCCAGUGCACACAUGGUAUUGUUUGCUCCUGUUCAGCUGGGAGAUGCGGAUGCAACAAAGAGCAUUCGGGGCGACAUGGAGCCGAACCGCACAAUCAACAGCGUCUGA